CACAAACCCCGGUCGGAGAAUUCAUAUAGGGGAUGAUCAGCUUCUGCGAGCUUAGGGGCAAGAAAAAGAUAGCGUUUCAAACCGGAGAUCUGUCUGUCGCUGUAUCGUGUGCUGGCGAGCGCCGCUCGUCCAUCCGUCCCUCCGUCCCUCUGAAGCUGUCGUCUGGACGAGUGAGUGGUCCCCCGGGGAUGUCGCAGCAGAUCAUCGUGGGCGGUCGUGCCCUCACAGUGGGUGAGAUCAUAGCCGUUGCGCUGCGGAAGGCCAAGGUGGUGCUGGACCGCGCCACCCUCGACAAGGUGCAGCAGGACUUCGACAGGAAGUUCAGGGGCUCAUCCACCACACCAUGGCAGAUCCCGCCAUCCCCGGCCACACCCGCGCCCCUCAUCCCAUCAUCUGGCGUCGGCAAAUGCCCCCCUCUCCUCAGCCACGAGACCCUGCGGGCCGUCGUGUUGCUUCGGCUGGUGACGGUGCUGCACCAGCAGAGUGGGGUGCGGCCUCAGGUGGCCGGGUACCUGACCGAGCUGCUGAACAACGGCGAGGACAAGGCCGCCAGCGACAUCUUGAGCGAGCUGCAGCAGCCCGCCCUGAGUGACCAGCAGGCGAUGCAGCUGCUGCUCAAGCAUUACGGCGUCGAGGGCCUAUCGGCCGAGGAGGCCUCGGUCUUCUGCUCGGCGGGGUACCCCUGGACGGUCGCACGGCUGGUCAUGAGCUGGCAGCUGGGCCAGGUGCUCGCACAGAUGGCCGACUGCUCGUCGGUGCUGGCCAUCGAGGCGCUGCAGCUGCCGACGCCCUUUCUUGACCUGGACGGGCGGCGUCAGCACGAGGGUGCAGUGGUGGCGGCCAACCGCAUCAAGUGGCUCCUGGAGGAGUCCAAGACGGCCAAGAAGCCAGACGAGACCCACAAGACGAGACUCAUGGCCCGCUGCGUGUACGUCCAUGGCGCCCUGGUCGACAGCCUCGAGCAGCUCAUGCGAGCCAUCAGACCGGAGCUCAGGGCAUUCGCCAGCAGGAAGAGUGUGGCCGAAGGUAGGUACCUAAGAGACAGACAGCGAGUGCGUGAACUCAUGAGCGCCGGGGGGAGGGAGGGAGUCAUGGCGUGGGUGCUGUGCUGUGCUGUGCAGGUGAUACUGCGUCUGUUGUCGAGGGCGAUGAGGAUCUGAAUGCGUUGCCGCUGAUGGUCCCCGCCAUGUCUGUGAGGGAGGCCACCAUACGCUGCGCCAAGACUGCCAUCCAGGUAGGUACACCACACCACUCAUGGCUCACCGAUGCAUCACGGCACCGCACUUGACUGCACCUGGCUGUGGGUUGGCUGUGCAGGAGGCCGAGCUGGUUCUCGAGCGAAACCAGGCCACCAUUCCAGAGGUGCGCACAGCUUAGCUAGCUUCACCGGGUGGUGUGCAUCGUCUGUCUCAUCAGUCAAUCAAGCUGGUGUCUGCCUGUUAGGAUGUGGCCCCGCUGCCCGACACCCCUGCCUCUGCGGACCGCACAAACAUCACUGUUCCCCCCACUGCAGAGGUGGGCCACAUCACGGACGGAUAAUACAACAAAAGUAUCAGCCCACGCCAACGCCCAUGCCCACAACCUGUGUGUGUGUGUAUGUGUGUGUGUGAUGGUCGCUGCGCCAGACCCACUCGUCAGAGUCCCACGCGCGUCUCGAGGGAACUCUGAAGGACAUCAAAACGUCGAUUGCGGCAUUCCAGACGUACGUGUGCGUCAGUCAAGAAGCGGAGAGAUCGACGCAGAGAGCGAUCGUGUUGUGUAUGUGUGUUUGCCGCGUGUGCAGGAGUGCCCUCCCCAAUGGCGACCUGCCAAGCGUCCUGACGGACGUCGAGAAGGUGCGUGUCCUGUCCUCUCUGGCCCAUCUCAUCUAGCCACAAAUCCAUCCUUCCAUCCAUCCAUCCACUUAUUUAUGGGUUGCCUUUGCCUGCCUGCCUGCCUGGCUGCGUGCGCUUGUGCGUCACGUUGCAGUCGUUGGAUCUCCUGAGGAGGAGUGUGCUGUGCGAGGCCGCCGGGGCGCUGCAGAUCUUCGCCAAAGAGGAGGUCGACAAGUACAGAAAGGCCCUGGAGGUGCGGUGGGCAGCUGACCGAACAAACACACCACAAUGACAAUGGACAUCCUGCGCUUGGGUCGACGAUGUGUGGCUGGCUGGCUGGAUGGAUGGGUUUGUGUGUUCGUUCAGGCGAUGGAGAAGAAGAAAAAGAACGUGUCCACCAAGCUCACCAUCGGCAGGCCCGUCGAGAGAUUCAGACAGUGCCUCAACUCAGUCGUCUACCAGGUGGGCACACGCACUCCCCCACUCACUCACACAGGUCCCCCUCUCUCUCUAUCUCUCUCUAUCUGUCUUGUCUGUCUCUUGUUUGUGCCUGUGGUGUUUGGGUCGUCAGGAUGCCGGCGGCAGGAUGGACAAGUGCGACGAGUGUCUUUUGGGUCAGCUGACGGCGGCAUGUCUUAUCGGCAUGGCAGACAGCCUCGAAGACAUACUCACCGUCAGAAAUCAGGUCCGUUCCUCUGUGCGUGUGUGCGUCUAUCGGGUCAGCUUUGGUCUGCUUGGUGUGCUGUGGUGUGCUGGUUGAUUGGGUGGGUGCAGGAGACGCGCAAGCCGAAGGUAGCCAAGGGAACGCAGGACUACACACCCAUACAGAUGGCCAUUCGAAAGCAGGUCCCUCCCUCCCUCCCUCCCUCCCUCCACAAUUUCGCUCUCCACACCAAUUGUAUGUGUAUGGCUGUGUAGGUGAUGCGCGCCAUCGCCGAUGUGUUUGAGCGCCACGGCGCCGUGCAGAUCGACACGCCCGUCUUCGAACUCAAGGUGCGGCCGGGCGUCCGUCAGACGGACACAGACAGACAGACGAAGAGAGAGCAACGCACCCACGCACCCCAUCACUCACCUCACGUGUUGGGCUCGCCGCUUCGCUUCUGGCUCUUCAGGAGACUCUCAUGGGCAAGUAUGGCGAGGACCAGAAGCUCAUCUACGACCUCAAAGACCAGGUAAAAUACCCCCCCCCCCACACACACACAGACAGACAACACAACCUCUUUCACCCCGUGGCUCAUCAAUCCAAUCCAAUCCUAUCCUACACACACAUUAUGUUUGUUGCACCAUACCACCAGGGUGGCGAGCAGCUGUCGCUGCGGUACGACCUGACUGUGCCCUUUGCGCGUUUCUGCGCGUUGGGCAACGUCGAAAAGAUCAAGCGGUACCACAUCGGCAAGGUGUACCGGCGCGACGAGCCGCAGCUGGCCAAGGGCCGCUUCCGCGAGUUCUACCAGUGCGACUUCGACAUUGCGGGGACCUACGACACCAUGCUGCCCGACGCUGAGGUCAUCACGGUGAGCGAGCGACUAAGUACUGACUGAGUGAGGAAGGGAGUGAUGUGAUGUGAUGUGUGGACACAUCGACGGGCAGGCAAUAUGUUGGGGGAUGGGUGGCAUGCAAUGCAGGUGUUUUGUGAGAUUUUGGACCAGUUCUUUCCCAACGGGGGCUUCCAAGUCAAGAUCAACCACAGGUGCCUGGGGCCUCUCUGUGUGGGCGGAUGGGAUGCGUCUGAACGGAACGGACUAAUGCGUGUGGGUGUGGUGUGCGCAUGUGCGCGUCAGGAAGCUGUUGGAUGCGAUCAUGGAGGUGUGUGGCGUGCCGCAGCAGAAGUUCCGCCCAAUCUGUUCGGCCAUCGACAAGCUCGACAAAGAGCCCUGGGACAACGUCAAACGCGAAAUGAUCGACGAAAAGGUCAGAUCCAUCCAUCCAUCCAUCGGGGCAGUGCACUCGUCGUGUCUGAAUCUCUCUCUCUCUCUCUCUCUCUCUUUGUCUCUUCGGUGUGUAGGGUUUGAGAGAGGAGGUGGCUGACCGCAUAGGCGAGUACGUGGUGCUCAAGGGACGGCCAAAGGAGAUGAUCGAGCGCCUUGACACCAUGACCAACCUGCUCAAGUCAACUUCAGCUCAGGUGAAAGGAAAGACGCACGCACAUCAAACACGUCCCUCCGUCAGUCGCAUUGAUCAUGUGUGCGCUUGGCCUGAGCAGACGGCUUUAUCGGAAAUGAAGCUGCUGGUCGACUACGUGACAGCCCUGGGCGUCAUCGACCGCCUCUGUCUCGACCUGUCCCUUGCCCGUGGCCUCGAGUACUACACUGGCGUCAUCUACGAGGCCGUCACGCUGAGUGGCGAGAGCGGCAUCGGGUCCGUGGGCGGGGGCGGCAGGUACGACCACCUCGUCGGCAUGUUCGCCGGCAAAGACAUCCCGGCCGUCGGCGUGUCCAUCGGUAUGCAGACAGACAGACAGACAGACAGGUAUAUCUGUGUGCGUUGGGCUGGGCAAAUGUCAGGCAUUGAGCGGGUGUUUGCGGCGAUAGAGAGCAAGUUCGGUCUGAAGGGUGAUGCCUCAUCUGCUGCUGCGUCGGAGACGGCGACGGACAAGAAGAAGGGCGGCAAGAGCGGCGGCGCCACACGGGACGGCACGGGCUCACAGCAGCAGCAGCAAUCGUCCGAGGUGCACAGUGUCGUUCGUGAUGCGGCCACCGACGUGCUCAUCUGCACCAUCGGCGACAACUUGCUGCUGUACGCCAGCCAGCCAGACAGACAGACAGACAGAGACACAACACACGAUGGAUGGAUGGAUGGAUGGAUGGUGUCCAUGCGUGUGGUGCAGGGAGCGGUUGGCAAUGGCUCGUGAGCUGUGGGAUGCGGGCAUCGCGUGCGAGUUCGUGUACGUCGAGAAGCCCAAGCUCAACAAACAACUCAACCACGCUUCCGACAACAGUAGGGAAGGAACAGCACCACGACCGCCAUCCAUUCUCCCAUCUCUCUGUCUGUCUGUCUGUCUCUCCACCUCUCCGUCUGUCCCUUCACCGAUGGAUGGAUCCACCAGAGAUCCCGUUGGCAGUGAUCAUGGGUGAAGACGAGCUCAGCAAGGGCGUCGUCAAGGUGCGCUUCCUCACCCACGGACCACCGGCACCACAGGAGGCACCUGCCGCCGACCCCACCAGCAGCAGCAAUGGCGUCAACACGGCCACCACACAAGACCAACAGCAACAGCAGCCACCGGAGAAGAAGGAGAUCGAGGUGGGUGCGUGAGCUGACGGGUGGGAGGGCGGCUGUCUGUGGUAUGUGUGUCCGGUGUGAAUGUCAGGUGGAGCGUGGUGCGCUGGUGUCUCGUCUGCGUGGGAUAUUGGCCAAGACCAAGACCUCGUCGGAGCGCCUCUACGACCACAUCAUCAACAACACCAACACUAGCAGCAGCAGCAGCAGCAGCAGCAACGGCAACUGACCCACCCGCACAUGCACACGGGUUGGUGACGGGCACACAAGUGCGGUGCGCGUCUCGGUCGGUUGCAGUAGCCUUCGUUCAUUCUUGAGUGAGUUGUGUUGACGGAUGGGCGAUUUUGGGUCGUUGGCUGGCUGGUUGGCUGGCUGGUUGGUGAGGGUGCGUUUAUGAGAAUGUGACGCAUGCAAGGUGUGAACAGGCCGACACACGUACAUGUGUGGUUGAUUGGAAGACCACUGAAUUAAUGCUUUGUGUCGGCGGCAGUAAUGUGUUUUUUCUGUCUCCCGACAAGAAUUCUGGCCAAGUUCGCAAUAUAUCAGUGCUUUGUGCUGGUUGUGUCGGACAUCGCGGAAUGUUAGCAUGAUUGUCUGCCGGUGAAGCUGGUGAGUGUCAUUUACUUCUGAGGUAGUCGGUGUGCACAUCUGGGCCGACUGAUCACACCGACGACAGACAGGCCGACUCUCUCUUCUCUUCUUAUCACGCCCGAACACUUGUGCAUUCGCAGCCACUCACUUCUGCUCCAAAAAGAUGGACAGAGCCAAUAUACCACCCGUGUGUGUCACCACCCCAACGCUCGUGCACAGCCUGUCAGUCAGUCACUUCUCCUCCAAAAAGAAAAACAGAGCUAUCCUCGCCAUACACAUGAGAUGAGACAGCUACACACGAAGUCGCACAUGUUGGCGCCACACAGACUAUAUUGGCAUGGGCCGAUGGACAUGCGC